UUACUAUGAAUGCUGUGGAUGAUUUGCUUUGUUUUUCUGUCUUCAAAAGACAAAAGUCGGUGAUGUAGUGAGACGUGACUGCCCUCUCUCUCCCCCCAUGCACACGGGAGGUCUCCAACUCCUUUGACUUCCUCUAUUGUCGAGGAGGGACUUCCUUUCCAUUUGGAAAAGCGGUAAACGCGCGUCGACGGCACGCAGCUGGUCAGAGGCAAUGCAGUACUCUAGGAUGAUAACCUUGUCUCCAGCAGCAAUGCUGCCAACUGGUAUUACUGUACCAGCAAGGCGCCUUCACCGUCCACUAUCCCGAGAAACGGCAUGCGCACACAAGUACACAUAUGAAUACAUAUAGGCAUACGAAAAAAUCACAUCCCUCCUUCUGGUUUCCUUCGUAUUAUCUAUUCCCUACCGUCCCCCAGCAUCUCUUCUUUCUCCUUCUCUCGCCUAAGUAAUGAAUAAAUCACAUCAAGUACAAGAAAGACACAGUAAUGAUGCAUAGAUGUGUAUGCUAACCGGAAAGCUUUGUUUCUUCCCUUGUCCCUCCAAUGCCAUCACCAUUGGUCCCUACGUGUAUGCUUGCGAGUCGAAGCCAGAGGUCAUCAAGGGCGGAAGUUGAUUGUGCUGCACCGCAUGGGCAGUGGUGGCCGUCACCCUGGGAGAUCUGGGUUGCGGUUGUGGCUGCUGCGAUUGACCUCCGCUGUCUUUGCCUGCCUCCACUCUCUCCACCCUUUUCACAGGCGCCGCCAGGGCCUCGACUCCCGUGACGAAGGGAUGCCGGAGCGCCUCGCUGGGCGUGAUACGAAGCGCAGGGUCGUAGUGCAGCAUGCGCAAGACCAGGUCCACAAAGACCUGGUAGUGGGCGACCUGGUGACCCGGAUCGUCCGCGCGUCGGCCCUGCGGCCCCCCUGUGUGCAUGCCGACGAUCUCCGCCAGCCGCGUUUCUGGGGAAGCGGGCUCUUUCCAGGCUCUGCUGCUUUGAGCGCCCGCCCCCGAAGCCGACGGCUUGAGGCGCCACUGGGCUGUACCCCUCGACGGGGCCUCAGGGAGGCAUUCGAAGAGCGUGUCGCGCGCCGCCGCAGGCGCCUUUUCCAGCAUGGAAAGGGGGGGAAGGCCGAGCACCUCCACCAGGCGACGCAUCUGAUCGUGCUGGUCCGUCCCGCCGAAGAGCGGCUCCCCCGUGUGCAUUUCCACCAGGACGCAGCCCAGAGACCACAUGUCGAUAGCCACCGAGUAAGGGAGGCCGAGCAUGACCUCGGGAGAGCGGUAGAAGCGGGACUGUAUGUAGGAAUACAUGCGCUUGUGGCUGCGGCAGGAGGAGCCAAAGUCGAUCAGCUUGAUCCCACUCCGCUUGGGGUGGCGCAGCAGAAUGUUCUCGGGUUUGAGGUCGCAGUGGAUGAUGUCCACGUCUGGGCGGGCCAGGAAGUCCAGGGCCUUGAGGAUCUGCUUGGCGAACUUCCGGAGGAGCGUGAGCGAGACCCCGGCGAACUUGGUGUACUUGAGGAGGUCGUAGAGAUUGUAGGAGAGCAUCUCGAAGACCAGGACCUGGUGGUUCCGGUGGAUGAAGUGCUCUUGCAGGCGCACCAUGUUGAAGUCGUCCGUGGCGUCCAUCUGUUUGAGGGCCUCCAGGAGAUCCACCUCUGUUUUCGCCUGCACCAUGAAGGGCUUGCGGCUCUUGAUGAUCUUCACCGCCACCUCCCGCCCCGUGCUCCGGUCCAGUCCUCGCACCACUUGCCCGAACGAACCCUUGCCGAUCCGAUUCUUGAGUACGUACCGGUCCCGGAGGACCUCCUCGCGUUGGACAAUGUAGUCGUAGUGCUCGUCGUCCCAC